AUCCAUCGACAUAACCUUAUGUCGAUGUACAUAUCUCAUUCCCAAGUCAACCAUCAAUAAUUAUCACCUAAUUCCUUUGAGUACAGUCCCAUCUAUCUCGAAGGAGUAUAUUCAGAGGAUUUGUUAAAUAUCACACUCUGUCGCAAGCAAGUGCACCCAUUGUGUUCGAGUAGCGGAGUGCACUUAUAGAGAAUUUUCAAAAACACUCCCGAGAACAAUAUGCUCUAUCAUCUUUUUAUCAGAAUAUGUAUUAUUUUUGUAUCCUACUAUUUUAAUCUUGUCUUGACCUAUGGCAAUUAUCAAAACUGACCUAAUCUGUUAGCUAUUAGGGCUUAUUCUAAUUAUGGUUAUUUUUAUACUGAUCUUCAGUUGUUGGACCAAGUUAAUUUUUCUCUUAAUUUCAUUUAUUAGAAAAUGCAUCAUUACAUUCAUUGAAAUUUUAGUAGUGAAAGUAUAUUCAUAUGAUUUUACUUUUCAGGUUGUUGGACUGAUCAAUUCAGUUGAUGGUUUUCUAAAAGAAAAUAAAACAGGAAUUUCAAUGAAAAAUUCUGCCAACUUCUUAACUGACAUGAAGGGACAAAGACAUAAUGAGGACCAUUCGAUUGGUGAUGUAGUUACAAGGUAUUUGUCAGUCAUCAGUAGUAGUUCCUGGAGAGUUCAGGAUACAAAGCAAUAACUCAGCUCAUGCAGUAGAUCAAUUCUGAACCCAUACACCAAAUCAUAAUUGGUUCACUCUCCAUGAAGUUAUGAAUAGAUAAAUAGGAGUUGGCGUUUUCAUAGUUCCCUACAUAGCGUGCAAAGAUUGAAAUCGAUGCAUCAAUUACAAGGGCACAGGAGGCCCAUAAGAAGUUUGAGUUUUGGUCCCACAGGAACUCUUCUGUCCAGCAUGUCUGAGGAAAGAGAUGUUCUGAUAUGGGACUGGAUAUCGAAAAAAUACUUGCUUUGGUAUGAUUCCGGACAUAUGAUGAAUGUCUACCAUAAUAUAUUUGUCAAAUUAAAAGACAAUCUCGAUAUUGCAACAUGUGGUACUGAUGGACAGGUGACUCCGGGGCUGGACUGAAUGCUUUAGAAAGAAGACUUGAAAUGGAAGAAGAACUCAAUAGCAACACUUCAAAUGUUGAUCGGAUUGCAAGUGAUGAUUCAGAAGACACCAUCAGCUUGAAUGAAUCACAAAAUUUAGAUGAUUCUGAUCCCGAUUGGUAUAAUCCCAGCAAUAACUCUAUCAACUCAAAUGUUGCAGAAGAUAUACUCUCUAUCUCCCCUCCAAACCAUAAUUGGUUUUCCGUUCAUGAGGUUGUGAAUAGGCAAAUAGGGGUUAGAAGAAAUUUACGAUAUCCUGGUUCUUUUCAAAAGCGUUUUCACGGUUCUCUGCAUAGCGUACAAAGAUUGCAAUUGAUGCAUCAAUUACGAUUACACAGGAAUCCCAUUAGAAGUUUGAAUUUCAAUCGCACAGGCGCUAUUUUGAGUAGCAUGUCCCAGGAUGGUACUGUUGUAAUAUGGGACUGGAAUUUGAAAAAAUGCUUGCACAAGUAUCAUUCUGGGCAUAAAAUGAAGGCAUAUCAUAAUUUGUUUGUCUAUUUAAAAGGCGAGCAUCAUAUUGCAACAUGUGGUGCUGAUGGAGAGGUUAGGAUUGCACAUGUGUCUCUCAGCGAAGGCGUGAAAUCAAAUAUAUUAUUAGAGACUCGCCCGGACUUUUGUUUGAAGUUAGCUGGACUAAACGAUCAGCCUUACGUUUUACUCAGUGUUGGCAUGGAUGGCAUUGUCUUAAGCCAUGACAUCCGGAAGAAUGGCUCUGAGAAGGUAUUACAAGUCACUAUGCCUCUCUUCACCGUUCAAGGCAAUCCGAUGAGAACGAUGGAAUUCUGUAUCGGAGGACAAGGUGAAAAAGUCGAAACCUACGACCUAAGAAAGACGGACAUUCCAUUGGCUUCUAUUCAUCCAUGCGAAUACAUAAAAGAUCGAGCAACCCGUAGGAUUUUUGUGACUUCCGUGGAAUACAAUCACAAUGGAACUGAAAUUCUCGCGUCAUAUAACGACGAUGAAAUAUAUUUAUUUGACGUCAACUCAAAGCCGGGAAUAUUCUUGAAAAAAUACUUUGGACGCCAUAAUUAUUCAUUGGCUAUGCUGAAUGCCAAUUUUUUUGGGCCUAAUUCAGAGUUUGUCGUUAGCGGAUCUUGUACGGGCCACUUAUUUUUCUGGGAUAAAGAUACCACAUCUAUAGUUCAGUGGAUUAAAGCAGAUUAUAGUUAUAUAAAAAGGAAACUCUUGAGUGAUGAAUGAUGGAGAUAAAGAUGAAAAUUGAACAGACAAGCGAAACCCUCCAAAACUCGAAACUUCAACAGAUUGAACAAAGACUGAAGGGAAUCCAAUAGAUCUUCAGAUUCUUCUUCUACAGAACAGAUCCUUUCCAGUGGCUUUAGCUAUGGCAUACAAAUGGAUGUCCUGAAAUGAUAGUAUUGAAAUGCUGGGAAAUGAUAUUUAAUGGCUUGCUGGGAAUUGCUCAAUAGAAGGUAAACCUUUGUAUCCCCGUACUUGAGCAAAUUUUGUUAUUGCAGAUAUUUUCGAAUGUAACAGAAAUUGUAAUUUGAGGUCAAUAAAAUUUCUUUCUUUCUUUUUUAAUUUGAACGGUAAAAUUUCCAAAACAUUUCUUGGAAUCGUUAUAGAUUUCAGUUAGAAGUUGAUUU